AUUUAUUAUUUGAUCAAUUGUUCACAAUAACGUUGAUAUGACAUUAAAUUAGCUUACUGAAAACCAACAUAGCUACUCAACAAAAAAAUGAUUUCAGAAGAAAGUAGCAGGAGCACUUCAAGUAUUCUACAAGAACCACAUAUGCUCUUAAAGGGGAAUCAGGUUGUCAGACCUGAUGGGGUAUUUUUAUGUUUUAGCCCAUACAUUAGUGGGUUUUUAAUUUUCAAAGUCUCACGAGUGCCUGGACUUUGACUUUUUUUUAUGCCACUUAGCACCUAUUUGUGGUUAAAAUUGUUCCUAUUUGCCUUUCAAAAAAUGAUUUCAGUUUGUCUUAAAAUCAUUCAUGUAAUACUGCCGUGCAUCACACACAUUCAACACAAGCAACAAUCAGCAUUAACAUCAUUACAAAAUACUGAUGUUUGGAUGUGUUUUCAGUCUCGAAUCCAAAGGCCCUGAGAUGCAACAGUAUGGAACUAUUGCCCCCAAAGAUGUCUGAAAGUCCUACAGAGCUAAGGAUUGUGCUGCUCGGCAAGAAUGGCUCUGAGAAGAGUGUUGUUGGGAACUUCAUCCUGGAAACGGGGGCAUUUGACCCCAACUAUGAACAAAGUUGCUGUGUGAGAGUCGGGGGUCAGGUGGAGCGAAGAAGCAUAGCUGUGAUCAACACUCCAGACCUGUUUGACCCUCACAUCUCACUUGACAAACUCUCAGAGGAACUGCGUUGGUGUGUCACUAUGUCUAAACCGGGACCUCAUGUGUUCCUGUUGGUGCUGCAGCCUGAGGAGUUCACACAGGAAGAGGGAGACAGAAUCAGGAAAAUCCUAAACACCCUCAGUGAACGGUCCUUUGACUACUCAAUGGUUCUGACAACUCAUGAAGACAAGAGGGAACACAUGGCUGAGGAUCACCCUCUGAAUCAGAUGGUCAAAGCCUGUAGAGGGAGGCAGCACCUCAUGCACCUCAGCGACCACACGCAACUUAUGGCAGAUGUUGACAAGAUUGUAAAGGAGAAUGGAGGAGACUAUCUCACCUGUGAUGUAUUUGAAGAUGCUACAAGUGACAUGGUUCAAGGGAAAGAGGAAAUCCACAGGAGUAAAACUGAUGGAAGUCUCAAAUCUUCCUCUGAGGAAGAACUUGGAAAGGCUGUUUUGGAACAAGGAGCUUCAGUACAAUGGUACAAUUUUGAUACAUUUACAGAAGUUGGGUUGACAUUCCUUAAGGGAAAAGUGGAGGAGCAGUCAUGGAGUGGAGAAAAAUGUGUGUCUCCACUCAGGAUAGUGUUGCUGGGGAGGAGUGACGACAAGAAAAAAACAGUGGGUAACAUGAUCCUACAGCAAGGGGCUUUUCCAGGAAUAGGCCUCUCUGCUGGUUUGUUUGGCAAAAAACAGCAAUGUGAGUCAGCCAGUGGGAAGGUGAAUGGCAAGUCUGUUACUGUUGUAAAGAGUCCAGACUUCUUUGCUCUGUCUGUGGAGUCCCUGAUGCAGGAGAUGGAGAAAUGUAUGUCCCUCUCUGCUCCUGGGCCUCAUGGGAUCCUGCUUGUGUUGAAGCCUGAGGAGUUCACAGAGGAGAACAGAAACACAUUCAAGUUGAUCCUGAGCAUAUUUGGUAAAGAGGCCUUCAAGCACUCAAUGGUGAUCAUUACUCACGAGGGAGUCACAGGAAAUCCUCAUCUGAGACAAAUGAUCAAAGACUGUGGAGGAAGGCAUCAUGAAAUGUACAAACAAGGAAGUGACCACAAAAAGUUAACUCAAAAGAUAGAAAAGAUGGUAGAGGAGAAUGAACGGAGAUACCUCACCUCCAAUGAAGAGACGACACAUGAUACCAUGACACCAAAGGCUCAGAGACUGAACGUGGUGCUGUGUGGCAGAAGAGGAGCUGGGAAGACUUCUAUAGCCAAUGUCAUACUGGGUCAGACAGAGUCCAGUCCAAAGUCCAGCUCCUCCUCAGUGUGUGUGAAGAGAGAAGGAGAGGUGUGUGGUCGGCCGGUCACCCUCAUCGAGCUGCCUGCUCUGUUUGGAACACAUCUCACUCAGGAGGAAGUGAUGCGUGAGACUUUCCGCUGUGUCUCUCUCUGUGACUCUGGAGUCCAUGCUUUCCUCCUGGUCGUACCUUUGGGUCCAAUUACUGAUGAAGACAAAGGAGAGUUGGAGACCAUCCAGAAGAUUCUCAGCUCACGAGUCAAUGACUUUGUCAUGGUCCUGUUUAGACAGGAUAACAUUCCAGUUGAUAAAACUGCAGUUGACUUUGUGGAACAAAUUGCAGACACAAAGCAACUGAUCAAGAUAUGCGGAGGGCGGUAUAAAAUCUUUGAUGCUUCAAAGAUUGAUAACGCUAAGCAGACGACAGAACUUGUAGCAGAAAUAGUGAAGAUGAUGGAUCAAAACAGAACCUGCUACACUCUGUACAUGUACAUGGAGGCUAAACACCAAUCAGAACUGGACCAAAAGAACAGAAUAAUCAAGGAUUUAGAGGAGAGAAUCAGGAACAUGUCACAAGGUGCUGAAAUGGAGUGUUCCAGCACAGAGUGCAUAAGGGUGGUGCUGAUUGGGAAAACUGGCAACGGGAAGAGCGCCUCGGCAAACACUAUCCUGGGCAGAGAGGAAUUUAAGUCUGAAUCCAGCACUGAUUCUGUGACAACAGUUUGUAAGAAGGCAGUCGGCAAAGUUGAUGGAAGACCAGUUUCUGUGGUGGACACACCUGGUCUUUUUGACACAACACUGUCUAAUAAAGAUGUUCAGCAAGAGAUAGUGAAAUGUGUUUCCCUGUCAGCUCCUGGACCCCAUGUGUUUAUCAUAGUGUUGAGUAUCGGGAGAAUGACACAAGAGGAGCUGGACACUUUGGACCUCAUAGAGACAACCUUUGGUCCACGGGCAGGAAUGUUCUGCUUAGUUCUGUUUUCUAGAGGAGAUGACUUGGGAACAAUGUUGAUUCAAGAUUACAUUGUGAAAAGCAAGAGUGAUAAACUGAAAAAAUUGAUCAGAGAUUGUGGAUGGAGAUUCCAUGUCUUCAACAACAAAGACAAAAACAACCGCACACAGGUCACUGAGCUGAUUAAGAAGAUUAAUGAAAUGGUGUCCAUGAACAAGGGCAGUUUCUACACCAAUGAGAUGUUCCAGGAGGCAGAGGCAGCCAUUAAACAAAAAGAAGAAGAAUAUAAAAUGAGGAAAAACUGA